AUGACGGCCCGCUUUCCACUCCAAGACGGGCAGGCCGAGCUGCCGACGCUUAACAGCACGCACUCGUACUGGCAUCGCGACCCCUCCAAGAAGCUGCUGGGUCACCGCACAACUGAGAGCCUCCCGUCGACGGCUGACGUCGUAGUCGUCGGCAGCGGCAUCACAGGAACCUUUGCCGCCCGGGAACUAGUUGCGGGCGGGAGGGGCGUGGUCAUGCUCGAUGCGCGAGAGGCAUGCUGGGGCGCAACAGGCCGCCCGCAGAACGGAGGCCACUGCCAGCCUGGCGUCUGGGACAGCACGCCCGAGGUUGCCCGGUUCGAGCUCGCCACGUUCAACCUCAUCAAGAAGCUCGUCGUCGAGCACGAGAUUUCCUGCGACUGGCAUGUAGUUGGCGGUGUCCACGCCAUCUUCUCGCACGAGGUCCUCGAAGCCGCACGGAAGCAAAUUAAGCGCUUGCAGCAGUACCCUGACCUCAGAGAUAAGGCCGCCCUCAUCCUCGACAAGCACGAGCUUGCUGCCUGGCACGUGCCCGAGGCUAUCGCGGCCGUGUACCAGCCCAACGCGGCCAAGUGCUGGCCGUACAAGCUUGUUGCGUGGCUGCUGGAGCGCCUCCUCGGCGAACACGAUGCCGCCGCGUUCAACCUGCAGACGAACACGCCCGUGGAGCAUCUCGGGCGAUGCGGGUCUUCGUGGAUUGUUCACACGAGGCGGGGACAGAUUCUUGCGCGAGAUGUGCUUCUCGCGACGAAUGGGUAUACGUCUCGGCUACUGCCCAAGAUGACAGGGCUCAUCGUACCGCUCCCGCACAGCUACGUGUGGAUGAAGGGUGCGGAUCACCAGUAUUUGAUCCAUCGGGGACCUGAAGAUAUACUUGCCGUCCCUGGGGGAGAGGAGGGCAUAUCGCGCGACGACGAGGUCAACCCUAUCCUCAGCCGGGCACUGCACACAAGCCUCCAGCAUGUGUGGACGGGCAUCAUGGGCUACUCGCGGGACUGCAACCCUUGGGUCGGGCGCGUGCCUACAACCCUGGUGAGAGGCCCCGACACUGAAAGCGGCACCAGCGGGCUGUGGAUCAGUGCCGGGUACACCGGACACGGAAUGCCGGUAGCGGCUCUGUGCGGCGUCGCUGUCGCCGAGAUGAUGCUUGGAAAGGCGGACGGCGUGCAGGUGCCGGGGCAGUGGCUUUCAAGCGACGAGAGGGCGGAGAGAGCGAGGGAGGCACAGUUUCCAAACACUGUAGAAGAGUUGCUGGCGAUGCUGCCAGCUGAGUGA